AUCACAGUCGCUGCCUCAGCGGGCCGAGAGACGGGAGCAAGCGCGCAAGUGUCGGAGUGUCCCGCAGGGAAGAUGGUGAUGCUGGAUACAUAGCGGUUUUUUUUUUUUGCAGAGCAUCAGUUGUUUUAAGUGCGGGCGACGAUGCUCACGUGACGCGAGACUCCUGAAACUUGUCGUCUCCACCAGCUGCAGCGGAGCUCGGAGAAACAGAUGGCGGCCGACAAGAAGGCUUUGGGGAAGGAGGGCAGCCUCUGCUCCUCGGAUCCUUACGAGGACCUCCUGUCCGCCAUGAGGGCGAGGGACCCGCACUCGUUCCUCGACCUACUCGCCAAGCUGCAAGACUUCGACGCCGACCACUGGUACGGCGACCCGGACUACUGCACGCUCCUAGAGGUGGCGUGUUCACUUCCCGAGGGCCGGGCCUACGUCGACGCACUCUUGCAGCGGGGGGCCGACCCCAACCUCGUGAACAAGGAGCGCAAGAGGGCGCCGAUCCACGUCGCCGCCGAGUCCGGCAGCGUGCCCGCCCUCCGGGCGCUGCUGGGCUCCGGGACGCUGGACCUCAACCAGGUCAACGACCUGGGCGACACCGCCUUCCAUGUGGCGGCAAAGAAGCUCAAGUCCACGCCGGGACUCCAUGACGACUUCAUCGAGUUCUUCCUCCAGCAGCCAGGCGUCGACGUGAACGUGCCGAACAGGAAGAACUACACCGGCCUACACCUGGCGGCGAUGAAAGCGUCCCCCGAUAUCAUCCAGAAAAUACUGGAUCUUAAGCAGCACGAUAUGGACAGCUUUGUGCCACCGAGGGAGAAAAAAUCGACGAGGCAAGUUCUUCAGGAGAAGUACCCAGAAAUAGAACUUCCACAGACCACAGUCGAUAAGAGCUCUGACACUGAAGUGAGAGCACGACUCUUCGGGUAUCUCUACCGCAGCGAAACUAACAAGUUUAUCGCGGAGAUAAGUGACAUUCUUCACAAAGACAUGAAGAAAGUAAUGGGAUGGCAUGAUGGAAGUUACACUCUUCUUCAGUAUUCCAGCAGCAAAGGACAAGUCGAUGUUGUAAGGUUCCUGCUUGCGAAGAACUUCAAUCCGCAGCACACAAUUGAUUCUAAUCCGAAACCAGCUGUUUACCUAGCAUGUGAGAAUGGGUACCACACAGUAUUACAAGAAUUUCUCUACCACGAUGCAACCAGCUUUACACCUGUUCGUGGAAAGACAGUGCUCCAUGCCAUCGUCGUGGGAAAAAGAUCACUACAUAAUUCUGUUGAACAGGAUUAUGACAAAUGUUUGAACCUUAUUCUUGAAAGAUUGGACAGCAUAGACAUUGACAUUGAUUCAACUGACGAGAAAGGUAACACAGCACUCCACUAUGCGGCUAAAAGUGAUUUCUCGACUAUUGUUGAGGCACUUCUUAAUCGUGGAGCUUACAUUGGUGUCAGGAAUGCAUUUGAAGAACCCCCACUGUCAAACAUCGACCCCAAAACACUGGAAAACUUUUUGGAUAGCAGAAUGUCUAAAAACAAAGCCUAUCCAAGAGAUGAGGAUUUUGAGUUAGAGUUUAACUACGAGUUUCUUGUUCCACCUAGUGCGAAGAAAAUGGCUAAAAGAUCACCAGAAAAUGUACAAUACAAAAAGAGAAAUGGUGAUAUGGGAGAGUAUUCAGUUGUAUAUAUGAACACUAGUGUGAACAGAGACAACGACUUGCACACCAGUACUUCCUUGAGAAACUACGAAGAUGAAAAGAGUGAAAUGGCAGAUGAUCCUAACUUAUCACCCGAGACUGAUCCAUUGUUUUACAUUAGUCACUCACAUGAUCUUCGAUACCUUCUGAAACAUCCUGUUUUCUCCAGCUUUCUGUACCUAAAGUGGCGCUGCAUAAGAAAAUUUUUCUACAUUAAUCUUGUUUUUUACCUGUUAUUUGUUACAUUGCUGUCAAUUUAUGUAUUGUUCAUUUAUGGAGCAGAUCCAAAAAAUGAAAGACAUCACAUUUUAAGUCAAAAUGAAAGUAUACAAACACAUAAUUACACAAUGACUAAUGAAGAAGAGAGUAAAAACAAGUUUGCAGAAAUAAUUUGGGCUUUGCUGGUUGUGUUUGAGGUUAUUUUAAUUUCUAGAGAACUAUUCCAGCUCGCUGUUUCACCUGCAAGGUACUUACGAAGUCCAGAAAAUUUUUUGGAAAUACUUUUAAUAGUAGUAACCAGCGUAAUUGUGUUUAGGAAUGAGGAGAUAAAUGUAAUACGCAAGCAUUUGUCAGCGAUUGCCAUUCUGUUUUCUUGGGCUGAGUUAGUACUUCUGAUUGGCCGCCAUCCUAUGCUAUCUACCAACAUCGAAAUGCUUAAAAGGGUUUCUUGGAACUUCCUUAAGUUUCUCGCCUGGUAUUCUAUUCUCAUAGUAGCCUUUGCUCUCAGUUUCUACACCCUUUUCAACGAUCCCUCCGCGGUUGACAGCGAAGACGAUGAGAACUUCUUCCAGGAUCCUGGGAUGUCUGUGCUGAAAACAGUUGUCAUGCUGACGGGAGAGUUCGAUGCAUCUUCGAUACCGUUUGUCUCGUUCCCCUUUACGAGCCAGCUGGUGUUCGUUCUCUUCGUGUUCCUGAUAGCCAUAGUCCUUUUCAACCUCCUCAACGGCUUGGCGGUCAGCGACACCCAAGCCAUCAAGAACGAUGCAGAGAUCGUGGGCCUCGUAUCGAGAGUGAAGCUAAUAUACUACUUUGAGACUAUGCUGCUCGGAAAUCCUCUAUCGUUCUUGCAGUCGCUCCUUCCGUGCUGCUGCUGCUGCUGCGUCCCGGUGACCAGGUGUCUGGACUUCAAGAACCGGUUCUUCAGGAAGAUCUUCCUCAACUCUAGUUUGUUCCCUCACACACUGUCGGAGCUGAAGAUCUACGUGCUGCCAAACCAGGACUGCAGGGUUGUGUUUGACACUUCAGAGCACCGCUACAAGCAGGAACACGUUUACGGAAGCCGGUCCUAUAAGGGCUUCGCUGGCGUCUUAGGUCUGUGCACCAUAGACCCAGAGAUCGCGAAGACUGCCUGCAACAUACUAUCCAACUCGGGCAAGAAGUCAGAAGCGCAGGCUCUGGAGGAGAGAUUGCAGGAUUUGCAGAAGCAAAUAAUGCACUGUACUGCACAGUUCUCUGCAUUGGAGACUUCAAUAAAGCAUUUGGCAAAGAGUUUUAAACAUGUCUCCGGAAAUAAAUCCGAGUAAUCUAUCCGUGAAUGGACUUCACAUAAUGGGCAAAGAUUGAUGACAGGGCUCUACUUCCCCCAAAGCUAUGUGUGCAGAUUAAGAAGAUAUAUAAUUUUCUCAUUCUAUUUAUAUAUAAUAUGUAUCCUACUGAAAUGGCAGUUAGUACCCAUACAUAUUAUUUACAUAAAUUAUUAGCGCUUCUUUGCCGUGAUACAAGUUAAAGUGUACUAUUGAACGUAAGUAAAUGGCUUAAAGCACAUUAAAGUUCUUCCCCAAUACCUAUGACUAGAUGUAUUACUGUCAGCACACAUGGUGUCAUUUAGAUAGUACAAUAUUUAUAUAGCCUACUUGUUUCAAACAAAUAUAUAUACACUUGUGUAAGCUUUAUAAACGUUUAUUUUUACAAUAUUUUACUAAGUUUGUACUGUACUGUGUUAGCAUUUAAUUUUAAAUUGAAAGACUGAAAUAGAGUGCGUUUAAAUGAUGGUAAAAUUAUGUUGAACUCUUAAAGACUUUUAAUAGUAUUACGAUUUGUUAUAAAUAGUGUAAAACGCUGUUAUGUAUAAUACAUUUUUAUUUGCUGAAUUUUAAUUUCAUGGUUAUAACCGUUAAAGGAAGAACGUGAUAUUUUUUAUUUCUUGUAAUAAUGCGUUUCAGCAUCUCUGGACACUUAGAAUCAUCUUCUAACACUCAUUCAAUUCACAAAGCCAAUACUUACAUUAUAAAGCUAAAGUGUUUGUUUGUUUGUCCUUAGUAAACUUGAAAAUUAUUGGACCGAUUUUCAGAAUUCUUCUACUUUUAUAAAACUGCAAUAUUACAAAUGGACAUAGAGUGCGUUUUAUUUUUAAGCAUCAUUAAUAUAAUACUUAAAAGUAACAUUAAACAAAUACACCAAUAUCAAGAAGAAAUAAAGUAACACCAAACAUAUAUGGAAGUAAGGAUAUGAUUUGAGUGUGUAUUACACUCAUUUUCGUUAUUUUUUUUGUACUUAUCUUUCCAUAGAUGUAAGAAAACGCCACAGGGUAUGUUUCAGUUAAGAUAUUAAAAAAAAAAUUAUGACUCUUAAGAUAAAGCCUUAUUGUUUUGUAACUAAAACCAGAGCUCUGCAUGCUUACGCUCAGUAAACAUUUCAAAUCAUAACGUAGUUAUAAAAUGUAGGUAAUAAUGCAUACGAAAAUUUUAUUGAAACUUUAAACACUGACAGUUUGCUACUGCUUAUUGCACUCGCUAUUGUGGUCAGUGUCACCGUGCGUUAUCACUGUGAAUGGAAUUUAAUAUACAAUCACUAGUAA